CGAAACCAAGACAAAAACACGAAAAACUCAACGGACCCGCCGACUUUUUGUUUAGUUUUAACACCUCUUUUUUCUUUCUCCCACACACUAUCUGUACACCAUGUCUGCUGUCUCCAAGCUUAAGAACGUUGUCCCUCUUCUUGACCGCGUCUUGAUCCAACGUGUCAAGGCUCAGGAGAAAACCGCCUCUGGUAUCUUCAUUCCCGAGAAGGCACAGGAAGUCUCCAACACUGGUGUCGUCGUUGCUGUUGGCAAGGGAGCUCUUGACCGUGAUGGCAAGCACAUUCCUACCCAGGUUGCCACUGGUGACAAGGUCAUUCUGCCUUCGUUCGGUGGAAGCAGUGUGAAGGUUGAAGGCGAGGAGUACUUCUUGUACCGCGACUCUGAGAUCUUGGCCAAGGUCCAAAACUAAAGAAAAAUACUCUUUAAAUCAUGUAAAAAAAGCCAAACUUUAUAUAGAAAAAAUAAGUUGGGAUGAUGGAGGGGAGAGGUCUUCUCCCCUUUGUUUGUAUUGUUGUUGUUGUUGUUGUUUUGCUGUGUAGAUAUCAAAAAAAGCCUUUAUUAUAUUUGACAGGACAAGCAAUU